AUGGACGCUUUAAGUGAAGAUCUAUCUAAAAACAAGUCAACUUAUGACAGCGGCUACGAUGACAGCGAUGAAUUCGUAUUUGAGGGCAACUUUUUGCCGUAUCAAGGUGAGCCACUUGCUUCGUCUGGAAGCGAAGACAUUGAUACAAGUGAAGACGAUGAAGAAGACGAGGAUGGUAUUCUAAGGGAGGUUUAAGAGCAGCGAUAUGAAAAAGUUGUGCCAGUACAAAGCUGGUAAGCCUUCGAAUGUGUAUUUUAAUAUUAAAUGAUGCAAAUGAUGCCGUUAUAUCCAUGAGUUCGUGCGAUGCUUGAAUGUAAUGGUGCUCAGCAGUAUUAUAAAUAAUCUUGAUAAAUAUACUGUAUUUGUAUAGGUGCAAAUGUGGGAACUGCAACGAUUCGUUGCUUGUUGGGUCUCGUGAAUAUCGCUGCUGUAAAGAAAUUAUCGAAGCGACAGGAAAAUUUACAUUCGAUGGGUUAGACGCCAUGUGUAUAACCAGCCAUGCAGAUUUCGAUCCCUUGACUAAUAAAACAGUCCUAUUACAAAUUGGUCCUUUGCUCAAAACUAAAAGUGACAGGCGCUACAACAAGUAUGGCCACACAGAAAACGAGUAAGUAUUUACUGUAGUAUUAAAGGACACGAGGAAAUAAAUCUUGACCACAGUGAGCAAAUUCUCAUGAGCAUUUUAUAAUGACAGUGACAGUAUGCCUCUUGUAAAAUGUAAUUCUUGUUUAUGUUUGAUGCUCAUAUAAACUCAAGCUAAAUGGAGGUAUAAAACAAUAUUAUAGUUUACCAAAAAUCCAAAAUGCCACAGGUUUUGAUUUAUACAAAGAGACUAUCAUAACUUUAUUUGAUUUAUAAACAAAGGGUCAAGUUAAUAUCUGGCAAUUUUAAACUUAGUUGGUUGUUACAAUCCCCCAUAAAUACUGCAGGUAUAUUGUCACAGUGACAAUAUAAUAUUGCUUCAUCUGAGGCAGCGUUUACACUGUAUCGUUUUCGUAGCGUUCUCGUAUUGUUCGAGAGAACUAGACUAUUGUCUUGCGUUCCCUUGAGGAUUAAGAACAAUACGAGAACGCUACGAAAACGGUACAGCGUAAACGCUGCCUGAGUGUAAGUAUUUGUGACUGGACGGUUUUAUGGUGCCAAUGACAACUUUUUUCUUUUUUUAAGAUUUUUACGUGCAGUUGCAUAUCGAUGGCUUGCAAGAUGGCUAUUCGGUGAAAUGGGCUGGGAAAAUACCCGACCACUGGAUGCCUGUGUUUAUCACAACAUUACAAAGAGACUUUCUUCAAGCAAUUCAAAAGGAUAUGUAUCUGGGCAGGACAGAGCAACUGUAG